AUGUUGAGGAGAGGGUUUAAUGCGUAUCGAGCUCUUUUUCUUCGUUACAAUGCAGAGAGUCAAGCACAGCUCGAAAAGCUGAGAAAUAUUGGAAUCUCGGCGCACAUCGACUCCGGAAAGACGACUGUCACAGAAAGAAUUCUUUAUUACACUGGGCGAAUCGAUGAAAUGCACGAAGUAAGAGGCAAGGAUGGCGUCGGCGCCGUGAUGGACUCGAUGGAGCUCGAAAGACAAAGAGGAAUUACGAUUCAAUCUGCGGCUACGUUUGUAAACUGGAAAGGAACAGACAUUAAUAUCAUUGACACACCCGGUCACGUUGAUUUCACCGUUGAAGUCGAGCGAUCUCUCCGUGUCCUAGGAAGGGUUGCUAAUAAGAACAUUCUGAAAGGACAAAUGUCAUCACUGACUUUUAUUGACUCCCACAUUGAAUUCUUUCUCAUGCGUUCUUUGUCCUACAACCUCGAUAAAGAUGGUGCCGCCUUGAUUGUGUGUGCUUCUGGCGGUGUUCAAUCUCAGACUCUAACAGUUUUUCGCCAAAUGAAACGUUAUAAUGUCCCGUUUGUUGUCUUUAUCAAUAAAUUGGACAGAACGGGUGCAAAUCCUGAAAAAUGUAUCAAUCAAAUGAGAAGAAAGCUUGGUAUCAAUACUGCGUUUAUGUAUUACAAUAUUGGCCUGGAAAAAGAAUUCGAAGGCUUGAUUGAUAUCGUCGAAAAUGAAGUCGUUUAUUUCCAUGGUGACAAUGGUGAAAAUAUCAAACGCGCGCCUGUACCGGAAGAAUUUGCUGAAUUGAGACAGGAGAAAUUCGAGGAGUUAGUAGGAUGCUUGGCCGAUGUAGACGAUGAGAUCGGAGAGUUGUUUUUAAUGGAAGAGGUUCCAACUAAUGAACAAAUCUACGACGCGGUCAGAAGAUGCACUGUUGCGAGAACUUUCCAGCCGAUUCUCAUGGGAUCUGCUUUGAAGAACAAAGGUGUGCAGCUUCUUCUCGACGCCUGUGUUCGUUUUCUCCCCCAGCCAGAUCAAGUCGACAAUUUUGCGAACCAGGCAGUGCCAGAAGGAUCUGAAGAAGAAGCAGAAGCUCUAUUAAUGUCUCCUGAACGCUCAAAAGCUCAUCCUCCCGUAAUGCUGGCAUUCAAACUCGAAAAGUCCAAAUUUGGACAGCUGACUUACAUGAGAAUGUACCAAGGAUACAUGAAAAAAGGACAAACACUAGUGAAUACGAGAACCGGGAAGCCAGUGAAAAUCUCAAGAUUGGUGAAAAUGCACGCUUCGGACAUGAUUGAUGUGAACGAAGUUUUUGCUGGAGAUAUUUUUGCAACUUUUGGAGUCGAUUGCGCUAGUGGAGAUACUUUUACAGUUAAUGAUCUGAAACACUUGUCGAUGGAAAGUAUUCAUGUACCGAAGGGCGUCGUCUCGAUGUCAAUCAAGCCGACGAAUAAGAAAGCGACUCAGAAUUUCCUCAAAGCUCUGGUCCGCUUCUCUAACGAAGAUCCUUCCUUCACAUGGGUGUUUGACCAAGAAUCUGGCGAGUAUCACAUGACUGGAAUGGGCGAGCUCCAUCUUGAGAUUUAUGCGCAGCGAAUGGAACGUGAAUAUGACUGCCCUGUUGAGCUCGGUCAGCCGAAGGUCGCUUUCCGUGAAACGAUUUUACCUGGAGUGGUCCACUUUGACUAUCAACACAAGAGACAGUCCGGCGGACGUGGUCAAUAUGGUCGAGCAAUUGGUAAAGCUAAUAUCAACGCCAAGUCGAACACCGAAAAUAUAUUCAACGACAGACUAACUGGAACAAACUUAUCAAGAGGCUAUGUUAAGCCACUUAUCACUGGCAUGGAGGAGGUUUUCGCCGCCGGACCUCAAAUUGGAGAACCCGUUGUUGGAGUUGAAAUUGACAUUGUCGAUGGAGCUGAACACAGGGUUGAUUCUUCUGAAAUUUCAUUCCAACUUUGCGGCCAGGGCUGUGCCGAGCAGAUUUUGAACAGAGCGAACAAAGCUGUAAUUGAGCCAAUUAUGAACGUUGAAGUUGUUUAUCCGCAAGAGUUCGACGAUCGAGUCAAUAAGUAUUUGUACGAAAAACAUGCUGAUAUUCAAGAAUUCGAGCUCGACAAUCAGUAUAAAACGGUCUACUGCCAAGUUCCCCUAAACGACAUGUUCGGCUUUACCGCUGGUUUGAGAGGAUGCACCGAAGGAAAGGGUGAAUUUUCAAUGGACUUUUCUCAUUACGAUCUCGCUCGAGACGAUGUUAUAGAAGAAUUAGCUGCUAAAUACCAACAAAAACUUGCCAACGAAAGUUCUAAGAAAAAAUAG